GUGCAGCUAUUAUGCUGAGCCAUGAGCUCAUCGUCUGUGUCACUCGGUACCUGCGAUACGUCACCAUCACUACAUAAAUAGCCUACGUCUCUAAACCAAGGGGUUCUUCUCUCUUGUCACUAUUGAGCGUAGGCUACUACAGACAUCAAGCGUGCGGCAGCGCCGCGCGGGGAUUCCCUCAAUUAGGAUAACAAAGCACAGUCGACAACACGCGGUAGACUGUGAAAUCACGAGCGAUGUAGGUGACUAGAAGGGUAUGCGAGGAGAAAUGUGUCACCGGAUCGGUGGCUAAGUGGUCUGCAAGCUCAUGCACUCGCGAGCGGUUCAGACCUGCUGCUUCAUCACAUCUUUCUAGCCGCGCCGACAUCAGAACCACAGCAGUGUAGGGUGCAGCAUCGGGAACUCGUGAUUUUGUGGCAUGAGUACCACACACAAAGCCAGCAAAACACUCAAGGUGAAGCAUGAGCCGGGGGCCAACGGCGAGAGUCUGUGCGACGAUGAGCUGGUGUCCAUGUCGGUGCGGGAGCUCAACCAGCACCUGCGUGGCCUCACCAAGGACGAGGUCGUGCAGCUGAAGCAGCGGCGGCGCACGCUGAAGAACCGCGGUUACGCCGCCAGCUGCCGCAUCAAGCGCGUGACGCAGCGGCAGGAGCUGGAGCGCCAGCGCGAGCUGCUGCAGCAGGAGGUGCAGAAGCUGGCCAGCGAGAACGCCGGCAUGCGCCUGGAGCUCGACGUGCUGCGCUCCAAGCUCGAGGCGCUGCAGACUUUCGCCAGGGCCGUCGCCCGCACCCCUCUCAGUCCCCGGGGUCACCUGGCCUCGCCCUCCGCUGCACCGCUCGCGCCCUCGGGCAAAGUAGCUGCCACCAGCGUCAUCACCAUCAUCAAGUCGAAAGUGGGGACAAGGUCGUAACCGGGGUCAUAGGGGUCAAACUGAGGUUGGGAUCAGACAGGAUGGGGUAGAUGGGGUGGCAGAUCUCAAUCAGAAGCAGGACCGAAUCACGUGGGCAGCACAAAGAGCACAAUCAACUGGGAUAAAGUAUAGUGUUAUGCCAGAUCAUGUUUUCUGGAAUUGUUUCUUCCAUCAAGCCAGGUAGCUGUUUCAUUUUCUUUCUUCAUUCCAUUGCUGAGUGAUGUUUACAUGUACCAUGUGACCAAGAUGAGCAAUAAUACCAGUAUUUUGUGGAAUACAACCAGCAAAUAUAAUGUUUUCUGAAUAUUCUGUGAUAUGACCUGGCAGGCAAUACUUUCCCCUUUAUUUGACAGGGCGCUAAAGACAUGUCAGUAAAGUAUGUUAUGGUUAAAUUAUCUCUGUAAUAAAUACAAAAAUGGCAUAUCUCUCUGAACAGCAUGCUUGGCAUGGUUCAGAGUAUAAUACAUGUCAGGCCUUUUUGACAGAUGAGUUGCUAUAGUAAUGACACUUCCAACUAAUAAAGCUUACUUUUGAUCUCUGAGCAACAGACACUGGGAUAGCUCAAAGACUCUCUUCUCCAUACCAUCAGAUGUGUACUAGUCCACCGCUUAUUGUUACUUUGUUUGGUGUCCUCAUUUUCAAUUUGAAAGCGUUGGUUAAUUCAUUUUUCGAAAUCAUUACGACUUGAGCUGAUGGUAUAUGUAUUAUACAUGGCAAGUAUUUGUAUGCAUACAAAAGAAAUGCUGAGGCAGAAAUGUGCUUAUGUUGUGAAUCUGGCAGUAACACUGUUUCCAUGCUCUUAGAUUAAGUCUCACUUAAAUAGACUACUGACUGGUGCAACAAUUGUGAAACGUAAGUGUAGUAUGUUUGUUUUGUCAUAGAGCCCUAACAGUUCUUAUAGUUCUGAAAUGUUUCGUUAUUAAACACAACCCGUAAACAUUUCCAUACAUCAUACGCUGUUCCACGUAGUGUUCACCAUUAUUUAGUUGUUGUUAUUUCAGAAAAAAGAUAGGAAGGAAAUAUACCCACCACAAAGAAAUCCUUAGCUGUUUUUUCAGUCUUACCAAAAGUGGCUUAUUGAAGUGUUCCAGCUUUCUGUAUUGCAUAGGUACCUGUUGUGAGGUGACCCGUGACGUGACGUGACGUGUGUAUGACCUGCGCAUGACCUGGUGGCAGAAUUGCUCAGUGUGCCGUUGCUGUAACGCCAUUUUGCUCUAAUAUUGUUCUACUGUACAGCUUAGUACUGUAGCGGCUGUAGACAAGGUGUGUAGUGUGUGGUGAUAUUGGCCCCUGUAGUAAAGAUUGAGUUGGCAUACCCAAGUUGUUUUAGUACACAAGUGCCAAACGGCAAUCUUUUUACAAGCAAGGGUCGCAUAGCAUAUCAGUAAAACCGUUUGCAAUACUUAAAUAAAAUGGUUAGAUAGAACUUGUAGUGAUUUUGGGUCAAGGACAUGAAGUCCAGUUCAAGGUUCAUCAAAUCAUAAUAUCUGUCAAAUGGAGUUUCUGUUUCGGACCUAUGCAUCAUUUUGGCACGUGUUACUGUUUUUGCUCUAGCCAAACCCAAAGGAGGUGUCUGCCUAUUCACUGAGCCAGUGGGCCUCUCCCCAGGUCAAAGAUACUACUGAUUUUUAAAUUAUGCAGAUUUUAGAGACCAACCAUUGGCACAGAAUGGGAGUUAUUACGUAUAUGUGGUUUUGGAGUCACUGAAGUUAAAGUUAAGUUUCUUUAAAUAUGACUUUCUAUCCCAUGCACCUCUUAUCCUCUACCGUACCUAUAUAUCCUCUAACAAUUUGUGUUAAACCCUAUAGAAACAGGUUGACGUAUAGGUUGGUUUGCGCUGCUCAAUGCUGUGCCCUCUUCCUGUCCCAAGUUACAGCCCUGCUUGAGUGGAGGCCGCCGGUGCAAGAUGUGUAGCAUUUGUGGGAGCUCAUUUUUAGCCAGAAAUGUGGAUCUAAAAGUCGAUCUAAGUUCGGUGAUGUUAUUUAAGUUACUACAGCCCUCCAGAGCACACACAUGGUUAUCGUGGGGCUCUCUCCCUUCUGUUAUCUUUCACUAUGGUCAUCUCCAGACCUGGUCACGUAGCUGUUAAGCCAAAUAUUGGUGAUCCAUGUCAUUAAGUCUGACAAAUGAAAGGUAGUUUUUUUUUUUUCAUAUUGACGAUGCAAGUUCUGUAAAUAAACUACAUGACUCCAAGAUUACAUUUCUAAGCACAUCAUCAAGAGUGAUGUCACCAGUAAAGGUCAGUGAUGUUUUCUAGUCUUUCAUUUCUUUUGUUUCUUAGAUCAUUGGUAGAGAACUGAGUGCCAGUGUCUUUAUUGAUGAAUGGUGAAUAGAGAUGUGUGAUAUUUCGUCUGUAUGGGUAACAAUGUACUAGGAGUUUGUUAUAGAUAAUUCAAGAAUCGAAAAACUGAACAUCUUGAUGUUUCUGUACUUUCUACUGUUGAAAAGUGACUUUUAACUGUCUAAAGGUGAUAUUGUGUAUUCGGAUAACACAACUCUGGGUUUCAUCCAUGAGUUGGACCUGUUUCAGAGGUGUGUGAGUUUUGUUUGUGUGUGUCUGCAUUAUAUGUUUGUUGAUAAACGGCUGAUUUUAUUUUCUAUAUAUGAUAAAUAAAAAGCUUUUUGAAAUGUA